AUGGCCAGUUGGCUCACGCAACCAGUUCAGCUGCAUUCAAGCCGGGCAUUUUCUUGCGACGGUUUGACGUCCGACCAAUGCAACUACUAUCAACAACGUUGGCACUUCUGGUACGUCGCUGACCAUAUCUACGGACUGUCAACAAUAGCUUUCUUUAUGUGCGCCAUUGGAAUUUUCAUCGUUGGUCACUUGAUAUCGUGGGUGUUUGCGCCCCGGAUCAGUCAAGGUCCUUCGAUAUUGCGAAGGACAACGGCAGUGAUCCGUUACUUGUCGUACCGUGGCUUCCACAUAGCAGCAUUCCGAUGGAACUCAGCCCCGGUCGGGCUCUUGCUAUUGGCAGCGGUCGGUGUCAUCUACUUCUUCUGUAUGGACCUGGUUCCAAAGCCGUACUACUGGGCUAGCUUAAAUUUUGGGGGCUCGCCACCGCUAGGAACAAGAUCGGGAUGGAUGGCUUUGGCCUGUAUGCCAUUCGUUUUCGCCACUGCGAGCAAGGCAAGCUGGAUCACUCUGGUCACAGGAGUGACGCAUGAGAAACUCCAGGUAUUCCAUCGAUGGAUAUCGUAUGCCUUCUUCAUCCUCGCCCUGAUGCAUACAUUCCCCUUCAUUGUGUACCACAUCCGGUUUCACGACAUGGUGUUGCAGUUUACCGAAGGCAACAUAUUCUACUGGACUGGCAUUGUCGCAUUGAUCUUCCAAGCUUGGCUCACCUUUGCGUCUUUCGGCCCCUUUCGAAACCUUGGCUACGAGUUCUUCAAGGCGACUCACUUCUUCUCGGCCGCAGUCUUCGUGUUGAUCUUCUUCUGGCACUGUGACUAUACGCUAACAUCAUGGGACUACUUCAUAGCAACAGCAGCGGUCUAUGUGCCCUGCCUAGUCUACCCGUGGCUUCGGACCGUCUUUGAGUAUGGCAUCAAUCAGAAAGCACAAGUCUUUGUGGAAGAUAAUGGCUUCACUCGCAUCACGAUCCCGGCGACUUUCGACUGGGUGCCGGGACAGCACUGUUUCCUGCGCUUUCGCGGCUUUGGCACCCACGCUCUCACGUCGCACCCAUUCACGAUUUGUUCGCUGCCAUCGAAUUCGCCAGAUGAGCAAUCCCAUAUGACCUUCUACGUCCGUCAUCGAGGCGGCUUCACCGCGCGACUAUAUCAUCAUGCCAUGAAGCGAUCCGGCGUGUCUGUGCCUGUGUUUGUGGAUGGUCCCUACGGAGGUAUCGACCCUCAGAAAUACUACAGCAGCGAUCGGCUCAUUGUGAUUGCCGGUGGUUCGGGCGCAGGCUGGAGUUUGCCUUUCGUCGAGCAAUUCGUUAGAUGUUGCCUAACCCCGGCCACCAAAGAAGCCAGUGCUGGAGAGGAGCCAACCAGGACUACACGCCAACCCAGACGCAGUCCAGCCGCACCUCGCUCGCUACGCGUGAUUGUGGCAACAAGUGAUACUGCCACUCGCGUGUGGUUUCACAAGUCCGUAGGCAAUCUGCUGUCGAAGUACUCAUCGCUGGACCCAUCCUUUGACCUUGAUGUCCAAGUCUACCUGACUGGUCAAGCCGAGCAGCAGGCAGACACAUCGGAGAUCCUGGCGGAUCUAGAGACGGCAGAGCCAUCCUUCGCUGAAAAUGCUAGUAUGCAGAAAGAUGGGUCAAAAUACGAGGGACAAGGGAACAGCAGUAUGGAGGGCCAGGAACCACACGGCCGACCGCCAUUACCGGAAAUCAUUCAGGAGGAGGUGGCCCGUGUGGCGGAGACUGGACAGUCCUUGGGCGUCUUUGUCUGCGGCCCUGGCACCAUGCAGAACGAUGUUCGCAAUGCCGUUGCAAAAGCGAACGUGAACGUCUUGAAAAAUCCGACGUGUGGAGUCUAUCUGCAUCUGGAACAUUUCUCGUGGGCUUGA